CUUCCAUAUUCUUUGUGCCCUCUACAGUUCUACUUGGCUAAGUGGUUUGCGGCUGGCCUGGACAGCCCUUCGUCCCAUAUGCUUGUCCUUUUGUUACCAGUUUUUUAGGUUCUUGGUUACAGCUCAAGCUCGAACCUAGAUGGAGAGCACGGGAACAGAAUAUGGUACAGCCGACAACACAAAAUGGGCAUAUGAGCUCGACGAUGGAGCUCCUGUCAGCGCCUGCCUCCAUGGGCAGGUCGCAGAUGCAAUUACCGGUAUGCCGGAACCGGAGCUUGGGUCCGCAUCAGCAGCCAUACGACGGCCUUUUGGGGAUGUUACGAGCAACUUCGCCGAGUUCUACGCGUUUGCUUACGCUUCUGACAUGAAGUCUCCAGAUACAAAGCCAAAGAGCAUGCUUGGCUUACGCUUCUCUCCUAAUCGGCCACCUGGCAGCGCUGCAAAGCGGCUUUGGAGUACCGAGCUGCCGCCUCUGCCGAGGCCUGCAGGUGGCAACGCGCGGAUAACGGCCUCCGUGCUUGCACCUGUCCGUGCGCACACGCAACCGCAGGAUGGCUCUUCCUCACCAACUCGCCACUCCACGCUGGCAACCGGCGGGCCCGCGGCCACCUCGGACGCAUACGACAGCCCCACACGGAGCACGCAGCCGCCCCCCUGGGGUGCGCCUUCGCAUCCCAACAACAACAACAAGAGCGACUUGCGCGGCGCACCGCGCCAACACUUUGGCCGCCAGCUGGGUGAGGCUGCUGUGGGGGUUCACGCGACCAAGGCGGUCAUGGGCAGCUCGAACAGUGGGCUGCUGUUUCCCCAGUCCGCGGGCCAGCAGGGGCCGCUCGUUGCGCCGGAUUGCUGCGCUGCAGAGCAGGUGGACGAGCAGAUGCAGGACGAGGCUGAUGAGAACGCGGCCGUGAAGCCAGUUGCAGCUGCUCAAUGAAGAAGUCUAGAACGUUACCUCAGUACCAAGACUAGCGGUGCCGAGCUUUAUGAGUCGAAUUGUGGUUAACUGCCUCACUAAUAGGACAUAAGACGUACAGCAACGUUUACAGUAGCUAGACGAUGAUAUCGUUAGCGUGCACUUACCCAAGACCAUGUUAGUAAGCAUGUGGCCAAGGCCCUUAGCGUGCAUACAGCGACGGGUUACAGUAGCUAGACGAGCACAUCCUUAGCGUGCAUUGACUGGUGGCGUUCGUAGGUAGGCAUGUCAAGGGGUCGUAACGCCUGUAUAUACGACAUAGCCUGAUUCGUGACGGGGAGUUCAGCCAGUUGACGGGGUGUGCGCCGCCGUACAUAGUGGCCUGCUGUGAGAUUUGGGUCGGGGCGUUCCCGUGCCGUAAUGACGGAGGAUCGCGUCUGGGAGUUUUGCAGGCGGCUGCGGCUCCGAAUGGGAUAUGCUAAGGCAGGGCACCGACACACCUGUCGUUCUAGCCCCGCAGUCCCUGUGCGGUGUACAUCAGCAUAGCUCGGAUAGUGGAGGUUGUUGCCAUUCAAAGAGCAUACCAGUAGUACUGCUGUGCAACCCAUUUGUUACAACGUGUCUCCCUGACAUGACUCGUUUUAGUACAUGAUGCGGCGGACAACCACGGGUCCCCACUGGCCCAUGCUAGGAUGUGUACACGGGCCGCAAUACAGGUGGACCGAUCGAAGCUAGGAGGCCGUGGUAAGCUUCUCCCUCCUAGGAAUACGGUAGCAACAACGUCUUCAGCAGUGCCGCUCUGCUCUGUGCCACAAACAGAACUCUGCACGAC